UUCAGGCGAACAGGAUUUGGGGCGAAACGACCCAUCACCUUCAAUUGUAACUGCUGGAGAAUGAUAGGCUUCAUUAGGAUCUGGGCCGUUGUGUUAAAACCGGAAACAGAUGGCAGAUACCGGCAGUGGCAAUACUAAUAAUGACCAAGCUCCUCCUACUCCCCCGCCUCCUCCACAGAGUGUUAUGGGUUUCAUGUUAUCCAACAAGGUUGAGGCUGGACUGUGGCUAACCCGACUCUUCACUGUCAUUUGCACAUUCUUCUUUUUUAUCCCAAUAAUAGGAAGUGGUCCUCAUGGUUUCUACCAGAGAGCUCUGAUCAGCAAUGCUGCUACCAGUGCCCUGCGCCUACACCAGCGGAUUCCAAACUUCCAGCUAAAUAUGGCUUUUCUCAAGAUGUUAAUGCUGGAGGACAGUUGCCACUAUCUCUUUUUCUCCCUGAUCUUCCUCAACAGCUACCCAAUCACCAUGGCACUAAUGCCAGUAUUUCUGUUUGCAUUACUUCAUGCCUGUAAUUAUACCAAGAAUGUUCUUAAUAUAAUGGGACCAACAUUUCUCCAGUUUGUUAGGAAUCUCAUCCAAAAGCUACAGAGCCAACAAGUCAGUGUGUUACGCUUUGUCGCCUGUACCGAGAUCUUCAUCAUGCCGACGAUUGUCUUUAUGAUGUUUACGGGUAGAUGCAGUUUAUUCCUGCCAAUCAUUUACUACAGAUUUCUUACCCUGAGAUAUUCAUCUCGCAGGAACCCCUACUGCAGGACCCUGUUCUCAGAGAUGCGUAUGACAGUGGAAUACCUUACCAACAAGCCACAGUGUCCGACAAUCCUACGGACACUAUGUAACAAGUGUAUAGCCCUUAUCUACCGUCUCGCACCACAGAUGUGAACACUUCUCCUUAGUGCUCGUGAGAAAAAUUGGAUGAAAGAAAAUCAAUCUAGAAGUGGUGUAAGAGAAGCUUCUUGGCAGAUGAAUUAUGGUUUAUUUGUGAUAUUUAUAAAAUUAGAGGGAAAGCAAGGAUAUUACUCAGAAUGUCAAUGAAUGUGUAUACCAGUUUGUGUGAACAAAUCUCAGUUUCCUUUUUAAUGACAGUAAAUAUUUAAUAUUUUGAUCUCAAUAAAGUGUAGGAGAAUGACAGGUUCAAAGUUGAAAAUUUAAAAUAUAAAGUAGGGGAACUGUUUAAGAAAUGAACUUUCCUCUCACAGAGGUAGUGAUUGACUUGCCUUCAAAUUGAUAAAUUGUUUUGUGGUAUUUUCAAAUAUUUCAAAUCUCUGUAUACAAAAUUGCUCUUUUUAGGUAUUCUAUGGGCAUUUAUCUAACACGAGUUGUAAUUCCAAAUCUGGAACGACCAGUCAGCCAAUAGACAUUUAAAGUUAAUAGAUGUAGACAUUUUUCCGUACCAACGUUUCCAAACUACAUUCCUGUUUCACCUUCACUACAAAUAGUCGGUCUCAAAAACCGUUUUAUGGUGUUAUUCCCACCUGGUAGAAUCACAUUUUUCUAAAUCAUGAAUACAUUUCAUUUGCCAAUCAUAAAUACAUAUUAUAAAUGAAUAGAUGUACACCCAUUUAUUCAUUCAUUGCAGUUUUUUUGUACGAGGAAGGACUUAUCUCCCCUUACGUACACAUUCCGAACAUUCAUGUUAAACGUUGUUGCCGAUUUGCAGUCAGUGAAAUGAGUAUAUUGUUCUCUCCUUUAAUACUCCAUAUGAUAGUUUCCAGCACCCUAGAUCGCUUAUAAUAAUUAAUUAUUUACUAAACAUGUAUUUAUAACAUAUUCUCGAACAAUGAUUUUCUGACUGUUUAGUUAUGAAUUGAUUUAUGUAAAUUAUCUUCAAGUUAACUAAUAAAUUUAUAGACUUGUUUUAUGCCUUUUAACAUACUAUGUGUUGUAAGGGUAAGUUUGUGUGUAAGAAUGUAUUUUGUAUAUCAUCAUUUUCUUGUUCUAAUUCUGUUAUAUAUACUGUCCUUUUUAUGCCAAAGUACAGCAUUCUAUGACCAGUAUAAUGAAAUCUCCAAAACGUCCUUGGAUUCUUGGCUGGUCAUAUGGGCUGACAGUUGUGUUUUGUCAGCCUACUACAGUGAUCUGAUAAGACUAUGUUCAAGUUGUAAGACAUGUAUACUUGAUUUAUCAAAACAAAUCGCAACAGAACUGAAAAAAUACAACCGCCCAAUAUGAAUAUCUCCUGGGAAGUACAAUGCAAACAGGUUAUUUUGAUUUAGUAGAGUUUACAUUGUACACUGGGUCAUUUGUAAAACAGAGACCCUAUUUCAAUUUAAAAAGUAUCCUAAUUAAAUUUUGAAUGGAAUUCCUGAAAACAUUUAUAUUACUGGUAAGCUGUUUUCUGUAGUUCCAUCUAUCAAACAGAAAUAUUUCAGACAUCUAGUCAAAAUUAUUAACUUGAAGUCAAGAUGAUUGCAAAACAUUUAUCAUACUUUAUGGUUGAAUGGUUCAUAUCCAUAUGAGUUGGUGCAGUGUAGGUUUGUUUAGAACAGAAAUGUAGAUAUUGAUGCAUAAUCAAAUUAAAUUAUAUUAAUAUUAAGUCAUAUAAUGAUUCAUAUUCAAUAAAUACAUUUUUUUAAAGUGCUUAGUUUUUACAAAUGUUUCUAUUUGUAACUUUGUAGGGGAUUUGAUCAACACAAAAUCAUGUCUGUCCCAAGACUAGGUGAUACAAUAUUAUCUAUAGUAUUAAUCACACAAUUUUGUUAAUAUAUAUUGGUACUUAUUCAGUCUUUUAGCAGAUAAGGUAAUGUUCUGGUUGAAUAGUUUAUAUAAUAUGUUUUGUUGAAGAUGCCUUUCCUUGCAGAGGAAAUAUAAAAAAAAAAUACAAAAUCUUUUUUAAUGAGAGAUAAUAUGCAACAUUUUGUCAUUGAUAUUUACAUUGCCAUUUUACAAAUCUACCAGAAUGAGUUGUUUUAGGGACACCAUUCUGUUUUCCUGCUAUCCAGUCCUGUCAUUGAUAUUGAUAAUAAAUACAAUCUGAUGACUAUUCAAGAGUUAAAAACCAGGAUAAAAUGAAGUUUAGUAAAUAAAAUAAUAGUUAUCUUAUAAGAAGCAUUGUUUUAAUCAUUAACAAGUGAUCUAAAAAAGUCUGAGAAUAAAGUUUGAAUUGUAAUCAAUGAUUACAAUUUAGCAAUUAAAAAAAACUUAUUACAAUUGUUGCUGGUCUGAAAUAAGUAGCUACCUGAAGUUAUAUAACAGGGGAUAGAGGAUAGAAUCAACCGGACCAUACCAUCACCAAGAUAGAAUCAACCGGACCAUACCAUCACAAAGACAGAAUCAACCGGACCAUACCAUCACCAAGACAGAAUCAACCGGACCAUACCAUCACCAAGACACUGGCACUAUCUGACAUGGAUACAACAAGAUGUCAGCUAUACAUUCAUAAUCUUUGUGCAAUUUGUUAUGUGACUGGAUACAUGGGUUGAUAGAUACGUGGGGAAUGUAAUGCUGUUCCGUGGAAGACUUCUAGUCUCUGAAAAUGUUGAUUUGAUUUGAACUGUCUGUAUGUUUGUUGUUAAAUAUGGAGGAAAUCAUUGUGCGUGUUCAGAUUGUGUGUGUUUGAUUGCAUUAACAUUUUAAUUCUUGUGUUUUUACAACAUAAUGGGCUUCGAAAACAAGAUCAACUGAUUUGUAUGGGUACUUUCUAAAUGUCAAACUUUCACUCAUAUUUUAUAAAUGAACAAAAUAUCAAUUUAAGUUUGUUAAGUGUUUAGAAUGAGUUAUUCCCCUUGGACCAUAUUGAAUGGGUACUACGUUAGCACCUGUGUGAUUGGGUCAGCAGCGUCUGUGUCAGCAUCUGUGUCGGGAUUACGUCUGUGUCGGGAUUACGUCUGUGUGUCAGGAUUACGUCUGUGUCGGGAUUACGUCUGUGUCGGGAUUACGUCUCUGUGUCGGGAUUACGUCUGUGUGUCGGGAUUACAUCUGUGUCGGGAUUACGUCUGUGUGUCUGGAUUUUGUCUGUGUGUCGGGAUUACGUCUGUGUCGGGAUUAUGUCUGUGUGUCGGGAUUACGUCGUGUCGGGAUUACGUCUGUUUGUCGGGAUUACGUCUGUGUGUCGGGAUUACGUCUGUGUGUCGGGAUUACAUGAGUGUCAGUGCACAACUACAUAAGUGCAUGACUAAGUCGAUACGUACCUAUACGUCAUCAUCUUUGUAUGAUGUUAUUCAAAACGUAUUCUCAACAUGUCAGAUUUUACUUCUGUAUUUCUCUCGACAACUUUCUACACCUUUUUUUACACACAGUUUAUUAGCGCAGAAGAAAAAGCUGAUUAAAAUAUGCAGUAUAAGGUAUUAAUUUGUAAAGGAGGUCUACAAUUUUUUCUGAGGUUUUUGAACACACAUGAAAUAUCCCCUAGAUAGAAAUCCUAAACAGUUGGAUAGUUUACUCUAUCACCUAGCUCCUAGAUCACUAUAUUGACGUCACAACUACUGUUUCUGAUACUUCAUUGCCAGAAUGUGUCAUUUGGCCGGUAGUCCUCGUACAUCAUUCCAUCAGAGGACACAUAUCUUAUACAUCUCUAGUUCCAUAGGGCUGUUUACAGAGAUCAGAUGAUUUUUGUGCAGAUUAGGAUAUAUAUAUAUCAGUUGUUAUGCCAAAAGCUUGUUUUGAAAAAACUGAGGCAAAAACAAAACCCAUACUGUUAUUUACAUAUUUCAAAGUCGACAGGAAUACAGAGCUGUCAUCUUGGUAUUUUGAGGACCUGUGUGAUAUUUUUAUGUAUACAUUCUGUCAAUGCUUUGAUGUUGUAAUGUAAAACACCUGUGUUGAAGUUUAUGUUUUAUUGUACAAAUACUUUAUAUUCACUAUUCAAGCGUCUCCAGCACAGAUAAAUGUUGUGAUGUAUUUAUACAGAUGUUUGUAUUGUAACGGGAGUUAAUCAGACCAUGUUUCACCGGAUCAAGUAUUCUGUACUGGCCGCAGUGUAGGUAGUCAUCACUUUACAGUAAUUUAUUGUAAUGAAAUAAACCCCAAUUAAAAUAUUUUUUCUUCUCCAUCAAUAUCAUCUUGUUCCAAUAGAUUUGAUUGAAGAGGAGUCAGAAUAUUUGGACAAAAUCUCUUCUAUAACUAGUGUAACAGGUGAUUAUAAAGUCUACAUAAAUAUGAUAUAAUCAGGAAAAAAAAAUUACCUAUAAAGGUACUAUGCCAACAUGUAUGACAUACUAAAGGUGUGUAUGGUAUUAAGUGGCCAAAGACAUUUAAGUUAUAAACACAAUGUGAUUUAAAGGUGUUCGGCAUUAAGUUUUGAUUACCGGUAUAACUCUUUUAGAAAAUACUCGUAUCAUAGAAAUUUAAGUUUUUGUGGAGUUUUUUAUAUUCAUUUUGGUAGCUACGUUAUACAUAUACAUGUAUAGUAAAGAGUUAUUAUCGUGUGUUAGGAAGAGUGUAUUCCCAUUCAAAGUGAAAUGGCAUUUAUGGUAGUAAUGAAACAUUGAUGUUAUUCAAAAUGUCUGAAUGACCAGUAGCGUUAUUAGGUCACCUGAGACACAGUCUCAAGGGACAUUUUCUAAAGCCUUUUGACCGUUGUCCAUCGUUCGUUGUGCGUUCGUAAACAAUUUACAUUUUCGCCUUCUUCUCCUAAACCACUGAACCAAAUUCGAUUAAUUUUGGCAGGAAGCAUCCAUGGCCAAAGUUCAUCCAAAAGUGUGAUCUAUAUGGUCAUAUAUACUCUUCAUAGAUGGAAGGGUCUUAAGGUGUUUUACAAAAAUUGUGAAUUUCAUGACCCUGGGGUCUCAUGUUUGCCCCUAGGGAGGAGGUAAACUUUACAAUAGUUUACAUAGGGAAAUCACAUUUUUGACAGUCUUUUGUUUGAUUUCUAUUGGAAUUCAUUCUAACUUUGUUGACAUUAUUAGCAUUGGAUGACAGUUUGAUGGUAUGCACAUGUUGGCCCUGACUGACCCCCUGGGGUGAUGGGCGGGGGGCCAAAAAGUGUCAAUUAAGUUAACUUUAAUAUUUCAAAACUCAGGUGACCGUUAAGGCCCAAUGGGCCUCUUGUUUUACUUUCAUAAUUGUUGCAUGCUAUGAAAACAUACUGAGUAAAUUAGUCAAACUAUGCAUACAUUUUAUUUGAAAAAAAUUAAGAUAAGUAGACAUGUUUGGUUUAGAGGUACAAAUGUAAAAUGAGUAUCUAAAUAAGUAUCUUCUCGUUUAUCAACAUGCAUCUUUUUGUUGGCCGUAAUAAUCCUGUGACUAUUUGGUGUACCUAUAUCUACUGUAAAUAUCAAUACAUUUUGCAACAAUAUAUGUCGCCUUUUGGAGUGAUGGGCUCUUUUUCUUUCAAUUUGCUAAUAAAAUUAGUCCGACUACAA